AGAAAUGUUGGCAAAACACCCCCUCCUCACCGAGUUGGGAAAAAAAAUGGCGGACAAGCGCUAAAUCCACAUCAGAAACAAACACACACGUUACAAAGCGAGGUAAACAUCCUCGGAUGCACCGAGCACCGUCUCCUUUUAGUCCAGGCUUCAGUGUUGAUUCCAGGUUACCUCAGGCUAGACUCGGUGUGCCGCUACGCUCCCGUUUCGCUAAUGCUAUUUAUUACAAUCAGGUCAGGCGAGCUAGCGAGCCACCUAGCAUGCUAAGAUAGCAUGCUGCUGGGUUUUUAGUGGGCAUGUCUCCCGUGUAGCCGUGCAUAGCAGUAGCAUGCUGGAGGAGCUGUGUGCACGGCUGCAUGUUACAAAUCCAUCUCUGCCUUAUUAACUCUCCAUUAGGUGUUCGCAGCUGCCGUGUUAACUCCUGGAUAACACGAUUAGCGAUGCUGUCACGUAAAUGAGCAUGUAGCGCGCAUGCAAAUGUAGCUCCGGAGAGGGCGGGGGGGUCCCAUGUGUUGGCUGCUUUGUGUUUUGAAUGAAGAGCAACAUAUUUGGGCAACGUGGGAAACGGUGUUAGAGCAGCGGAAGGACACGAUGUUCAGGGUUUGUCUCCGUGAAUAUGUGCUUCAGUUGUUGUUUUAGACAGUCACAGAUAAGUGUACAUGUCUGAGGAGGGUCUAGUACCUGCUGAGGUCUCAUGCCUGUCCUCCUCCUCCUCCUGUCACUGUCGGAAAAACAGGGAGCGGGGCCGCUUUAAUUUGGACGCCAUCCCCCCUCGGCGGAGGAAAAAGGCGCACUUCUAUUGAAAAGGAAAUCACCCGGAGAGGAGAAACGCUGCUAAACGGUUAUGAAGUUUUAAGGUAUGUCUGAGAUAUUGAAAUCACUCAUUUUAACUCACCUUUUCAGUCAUCUGGUUUGUUUUUAGAAACUUUAUAUUCGCAUAAAAUCUCGUUUUUAAGCGGGUGUUUUUUUUCCUCUGUCCAGAAAUUCAAAUAUUUGGCAGAUGUUCUGAUUUACUGUGUCACCUCUAACUUGUUGAGUUUGAUGUAUUGAAUAUUGGGAUUAGUGUUUUACACAGACCACAUUUGUCUGUCUCAAGUGCUUGUUUAUACCAGUUUGACCUGUUGACCUGUUUGUUGUGUCUGGCUGCUAAAGUUGCUUUACCUAGUGUCUGGAUUACACACAUAUGACCUUUAGUUUUAGUUAACAAACAGCACAGUCACAUACUGGAAAAGGGUGUUUUUAUAUUUUAUUGUAAAGAGAUGAUUUUAAAUUUGUCAGAUAGCUGUGAGGUGUACAAUAUGCCAGGAAAAUGCCCCCUUUUUAAGGGAUUUGGCUGUAAAGUUUGUGGUUGUGUCUGGCUGGUAAAGUUGCUUUACCUAGUGUCUGGAUUACACACAUAUUGACCUUCAGUUUUUGUUAACAAACAGCACAGUUAUCUACAGAAAUUAGUGUUUUUUAUAUUCAUUUUUAAAGAGAAUAUGUAAAACUUGUUAGAUGGUGCAUAAUGUGCAGUGAAAAUACACCUUUUUCAGGUGGUUUGACUGUAAAGUUUGUGGUGCUGUAAUAUUAUCUGCUUUUUAUAGAGAUGAAUGGGUAACACUUUGCAAUAAUCAUAAGUUAUAAAUGGUUAGUAGAUAGUUUCUCAAUGUUUAAUCAUCAUUUUAAAACAGCAUAUAGACCAAUUAUGAAUGGCAAAUAGGUGGUUUAUUAAUGUAAGUUAAUAGUUUCUUUACCAUUAACAAGUAAUGAAAUUAUGAUUGAUAAUUUUCAGUAAUUAUUAAUGGACUAUUAUUAAAGGUUUAUAUAGGAUUUAAACAUUGGUUGUAAACCAUCUAGAUUAAAAUGUGUGUCAGUUGCACUUUGUAAAUGGUUAAUAUUUGAUUUUUAAAUCAUCUAUAAAAAUUACUUAGAUGGUUAUUGUAAAGAUGAUAGUGAUGUUUGUAAUAGUUUGUAAAUGAUUAAUUAGUGGUUUAUAAACCACCUAUAAACAUUACUUAGAGGGUUAUUGUAAAGUUAGGGUUAGGUUUUUAAAUUUGUAAAAUUUACAAUUAAUCAAUGUUCUAUUUGCUAUUUAUAAAUGAUGAUUAAACUUUAUUAAACUAUCUGCUUACCAUUUAUAAAUGGUCUUAUUACCAUUUAUAAGUUAUGGUUAUUGUAAAGUGUUACUGAUGAAUGUUUAUUCUCCUCUACUCUGCAUCAAGGGCUGUUUUCUGUUUGCAAAGCUUUAAGGUAUUUUGAUCUUAAAAAGAUUCACUUAAGUGUGAAAAGGCAAAUUAACUCCAUAUGUAUUACAUUGUAAGCAUGAUCUUUGGGCUCUUUGUUGAACCUUCCUCCCAUGACGACCCCCUGCUUGCCGAGAAGGCCAGUUAACUACAAAGAUAACAAGGGCAGCGCUCUGGUUUCCCUUUGAAUCACUGUACAAUUAACAUGUGGUAGACUAAUCUGCAUGGGUUUCUUUCAGUGCAGUUUGAUAGCUUAUUCUUGUUAAUGAUACACUUUUUAUCACCCCUUUGUUACAUGGUAACCUCUCAACAUUCCUCCCUGUUUUUCCUCCAGUUUUAAAAUUGAAUUUUAAUGUUUGAACAAGUUUGCAAAAUAGGUCAACUACAAACACUUCCCAAUGUUAGUUUAUGUAAACUUAAGACUGUCUGAUAAAUUUGUCAGUUGCAGCAAUAAUAAAAAAUAUCAAUCCCCUGUUUUUGCUGAUGUUUGUUUUUUUUGCCUGCAGAGUGGAAGCCACUGUUGAGUUGUGAGCUUGGUUAGUAUUGCUGGAGCAUGAGGAAACCUGUGCCACAGAAAGGUAAGACUACAUCAUAGAAAAUUUCAAGGAUGAUAACAUUUUCUUCAGAUAUCUGUGUUAGUAGUUUCUUAGCAGGUGAAGCUAAAAGUUUACUCCAACCGUUCCCUCAUUCUGUCAGUCUCGACCCAGAUUUUAUCUUGUAAUAGUCCUGUAAUCUCAGGUAAUGUUCAGAGCAUUGAGUUUGGCGGGUAUUGCGAGGUACUGACUGAUGUGAAAAUCACCCGUAGUUGAGAGCUUAUUCUGUCUCUGUUGGCUCCUCCAGCUAUAGAGUGGAAAGAUGCCAGACGGAUCAAGCAUGCCCGGAGUGGACGGCCCUCCCGGGUGCCCUCACAGUACCAAGGUAAAUAACCCACAGCAGCCAUUGAUAUAAGAAGAGGUUUGGACAAUCUCAUCAGGAAAUGGAGCCCGAGGUUUUCUUCAGCUUUGGUUCAUAUAUCAGCGAGAGAAAGUUUGUUAUGGGGAGUAAUAAUUCAGUUUUAGCUCUCUCUUUGUAUGAGAGCCCUCAUACGACACAUGUAAAUUUGACAGUUAUUAAUCAAGGAAAACACUAGUACAGUGUCAAUUAGUGUUGGGCGGUAUGAACAAAAUCUUCUAUCAGGGUAUGGAUAUUUCAUAUCACGGUAACAGCACAUAUCACGGUACGUUUUUCCCCCCUGUAAAUUCAAUUAAUGGCUCAAAAAUAAACAUACUGUUGCAUUUGUUCAUUUUCCUUUUUCAUUUUCAUAUUUAUUUUAAGACUUGGAUUUGUAUACAAAUGCGAACAAUAUGCCAGACCAGAGUGGCGAUUUUUUUUAUCAUAUGGUGUACCUUUGCGGAAAGACUCUGCUGAGCUGUUUUGUAUCAGAGCAGCUUUAGUUUUUGGUGCAGCAGGUGUGUCACACAUCUUUCAGCUCUCAUAAUAGAGCUUGGUGUGUUUUAUCUUUAGGUGGUGGAAGAGGUUGCUGGUGUUUCCACCUCCAGCAAUGACAGCCACACAAAACUCUUUGCAUAGUAUUGUUUUUUGAUCAUUGUCGGAUAUUCUAAAUCUGAAGAAUCUUCAGACAACCGAUGGAACGAGUUCCUCCUCCUCUUCCUUGUGUUGGGUGGGUCGGGCUGCCUCCGUUUACUUGGUACUCCCACUUACCUUCGCGUCCGCCAUGACCACCACCAGUGAAGCUGUUUCUUCUUCGUCUAAACUAUGCCAAGCAGUCUGCUGGACACGCUGGUGAUUAUAGGGAGUGCACCCAAACCUGACCAAUCAAACAGAGCAAACAAGCUCUGCACGAGGCGCUGGUGACGAUAAGAAAAUGCACCCAAACAGAUGCGCUCUGGCUUUCCUGUUAGCAAGCGUAGGCAACUACACACUGACUCAGAGAGAUGCAGCAGACAUCUGCUCUCUCUAGCUGGUAUAAACGGUUUAAGCAAAAUUUCUACCAGUAGGCACUCUUAUACAAUCACACGGUAUAUACCGUCAUACCGCCCAACACUAGUAUCAAUAUAGAUUUCAUGUUUUUCUUCUUGAUCUUCUUCAGGACAUUUCAGCUGGGAGAAAUACCUGAAAGAAACAGGUGCUUCAGCUGCACCGUCGUCUUGCUUCAGACAGGUGGGUGGGACUGAUGAGUCCUCUUGACUGUUUUUAUCAUUAUUAUUUAUUUUAUUCCACAAAGUCUUCUCUCCGCUUCCGUCCUCCCCGUGUAGAGUCUCACACCUCCAGUCAACGAGUUCAAGGCAGGGAUGAAACUGGAGGCCCAGGAUCCACGAAACACCACCUCCACUUGCAUCGCCACAGUGGUGGGCCUGACGGGCUCCCGGCUACGGCUGCGCUUGGACGGGUCGGACAACAAGAAUGACUUCUGGCGCCUGGUGGACUCAUCAGAGAUUCAGCCAAUCGGUAACUGUGAGAAAAACGGAGGCAUGCUGCAGCCACCUCUUGGUAAGGACACGCAAAGAUCAUGUGAUCAUUGAUUUAUAGUGUCGUUGUAUAUUUUACUUUCUUUAAAUUUUAGGUUUUUUCUUUACGCCCAGCAGGUGUCAGUGAUUGACAGCAGAGAAUAUCAGUGUGUCCUCUUAACACCUAUAAAUAACUGCUUGACUCAGCCGCCCACACACUACAUAUCUGAAUGAAUACCAAUGGAGAAAGACACAAUAGAGCUGUAUUUUCUGCCAGUCCAGACAAGUAUCAGACAUUCUUGUUCUCUGAUUCCUUUUUUCAUUGAGUAAUCAGUAAAAUUGUGCUUUUUUAAGUGCUAGAGGAGAGGCUCAGUGUGCAGUUUCAAUCAUUAAUGGUAAAAUGCUCUUGUGAUUCAGGAUAAGAACUCAAAACAAUGAUAUUAAAUAGAGAAGAGCAGAAAAAUAAAAUGAUUGAUGAGCUGGAGAAGGUUGUUUAGCUUCAAACAUGGCUGUAAUUAUAAAUGAUCAAAAACACUUACUCUAAUAUCUCCUCUGUGAUCCUGCCAUCAUGUUUUAAAACAACGACCAUUGUCUUCUACAGGUUUUCGUCUCAAUGCGUCAUCCUGGCCCAUGUUUCUUCUAAAGACACUAAAUGGAGCUGAGAUGGCGCCCUCUCGCAUCUUUCACAAGGUACCUGUACAAGGCUCAGGAGCUCAGAACUCAGGAGAAAGCCUUUUUAUUUAUAAGCCGCUAAAGUACAAAGAGUCAUUUAGUUAAGAUCCGUCUUCACUAUAGUGCACGGGACAUUAAUUUAACAAAUGACUUCAUACCUGACCCCCAUUUUUCUCUCCAUGUCUCCCAGCAGGAGCCUCCCGCUCCAGAGCAGAACUCCUUCCAGGUGGGCAUGAAGCUGGAGGCGAUCGACCGCAAAAACCCCCACUUCAUCUGCCCGGCAACAGUGGGUGCACUGCGUGGCGUCGAGGUGCUGGUCACCUUCGACGGCUGGCGGGGAGCCUUUGACUACUACUGCCGGUACGACUCGCGGGACAUCUUCCCUGUGGGCUGGUGCAACCUGACCGGAGACAAUCUUCAACCACCUGGAACCAAAGGUCAGGACCUUGACAGUAUAGAGGAAGUCACGUGUAAAAUGUACUUGCAUCUGAGCCGUAGUAUGCUUCAGUUUCAUUUUGAUGCAGCUUAUGCCGACUGUCUCCUCUCACAUAUGUCAGAAAUUCAAAGAGAGGAUGUGGCUAGACAUUUUUAUAACCCUCCAAAACACUCAGUCUGAUGUCCACCCCCACUUCAGGCAGAUCCUGGCCAGGAGUUGAAAAAGGAGCCAAAUUUUUUCCUUUUUUUUAGUCUUUCAUUUUCUGCACAGAAACAACUGAGAGCAACAACUUCCAGUUGAAAAUGUCUGAGAAUGUGUCUGCGGAUGAAAACGAGACCAACUGGCAUUCACUGGCAUCGUCACCGUAAACAUUUCCGUUUCUGACUUGGCCAAACAAACUUUAUGAGGACUGAUUAUAAUUUAAGCUCGAAGUGCUUUCUCACCUUGCAGGUCAUUUUGGUUUUCUUUGUCCCAGUAUUGUCUCAGAAAUGGUACCAUAAAAGGAUUAACAUUAUAGCUUCAGAUCAGUCAAUCAGUGGGUUUCAUUGGGGAAAAAGCAUUGAUCACCAUGCAGAGGAACCCCAUUACAUUAUGUUAUAUUUUAAAAACAAUAUAUGUUGAGUAUUUCCCGCAAUGGUAGGAGUAAAGUUACUCUGAAUGGAGGUAAGGGGUAAGCUGAUUUUUUUGUAUACAGCUAAAUCUUGGUUCCUCCAAUCACACAGUUGGAAAUGCUUCCAUGGCAACAGAUUCUAACUAGCCUCCUUGUGGGACAAAUAACCAUUAAACCGAACAUUACAUUUCACCAUUAGGUUAAAACAUUAGACACGGUGAGUGAGACUUGCAGUAUUUGUGGUGACAUUUCCGUCCUCAUUCAGCUCUCUUUCUUUAAGCUUUCAGUUGACACGCCUUUAUUAAAGCUUGAUGCUUUUAUCACUGCAGAUGUUACUUUGAGUCCAGGAAGCAAAUUUUUUUUUUGUAGGGUGGUAGGGGAAUGUCCCGCCUUCCUUCACCUCUUAAUGGCUAGAAGUGCUGGGUAUUGGUUAUUCCUUAUAGCUGUAAAACGUCAUCGUCUGUCGGGUUAGGGUUAGGAUUAGGGUUGGGUUUAGGAGAUUCAGAAGUGUGAUAAUGUUCUGUAAUGUUCUGUUCAAGAACAGAGCUGACAGCCCACGUUUGGCUUGAGCGUGUGAUGACGUUUCCAGCUUUUCUAGCCAAUCAGAGGCGAAGGAGGCAGGACUUCCCCUACCAUCCUACAAAAAAAAAUAUCGCGUCUAGGAACUGCUAUUAUUUUCCCUCCUGACUGCAAGUACUGACGUUUGACUUUAAUGGUAAACAUUUAUAAAUGUAACAGAAACUGAUGCUUUUGUCUCAGUGUCUGCAGGAAGUGAGGGGAUAUGCCAGGCUCCUUUCCAUGACUUAAUUUGGUAUAACGUGACUUGUUGCUCCUUGUGUUGUCUUGCUUCUAAGAUUAAAUGAAUCAACAUUUUGAUGGAGUUUUGACUACAGCUGGACGAUAAACUGAAAAUUUACUGGUACUAAAAUUUACAACAGUAACCGACAUCAUUUUGCCCAUGUCGGUAUAGUCGGUGUCAAAAAAAAUAAAUAAAUAAAAGUUGGUUUUGGAUGUGUUUAGGGAGGCUCCACCCCAUCCAGUCCAUAACAAAGAGGGAACGACAGGUGAGGAGAUGGAGGACGGUUCAAAAGUGCAAAGCAGAUGAAGUUGACAAAGUUAAUGUAGGAGAGGGUUGGCAGCUUGUGGAGAAGUUAUAGUCCAUUUAUCGUUAUCGAGGUAAACUGCUCAAUAUAUUGUGAUAUUGAUUUGAGGCCAUAUCGCCCAGCACUAAUUUUGACGAAUCAGAAUCAUUUGUUUAAAAAAAACAAGUUAAUAAACAAAACAAACACAUCCAUGAUAAAUGUUGAACAAAAUUAAAAUAAAAACGCUGCUUUUAUUACGUUUGUUAUCUCUGGACGUCAAGACCUUUGUGCAGCAAAUCUUGUGCAUUUCAAGCAUGUUUGAGGAAGACGAGUGCUUAUUCAAGGACGACAAUGAGCUGCUUUGAAAUCUAAAAGUUUAGACUUGAAGUUUUUACUCGAGACUCUUGACCUGCAUAAUCUGCUCAGAUACGACGGUACCUUCUUCUGGUUAUGAGGGUUUGGUUGGUGCAUGGCAGUUUGCAGUGUGAUGUAAGUCCAUGCUCUCUGCCUGAAGGCCUCAUUAGCAACAGUUGAUCAAGUCAUCAGCAGCAGUUUGCUAUUUUUAUAUCCUGAUCCCGCUGAAUCUCUCUCCAGAGGACUGGUUGUUUAAUCUGUGCUUAACUUCAAAUAUCUACCAACAUCCUUUUCACUCAUGCGAGGAGGCCUGUGAUUUGUGCACAUUUUCAAUCCAGUUUGUCUUUUUUUUUUUUUUCUAUCUUGCAAACAUGUUCUUGCUGUUUGAGAAGAUGUGGCUUUGUUUACUCUUUUAACAUAAAAGGGAAAAGACUCGGGGACGGGGUCAGUUUUUCUUUGUGUGUUUACUUUAGAGACAUAAAAAGACGUUGGAGUUACGGGGUUAUCAUCCUCAAGACCAUCUGUAUUCAUCUGUUUGAAAUCCACAGAAGGAGUGGAAAAGGAAGGGGGGAAACAGGGAGGCAGGACAUGUCUUUGUAGCUGGCUAGUGUGUUUUAUGAAGGCCUGGCACGUACCCAGUUGGCAGAGUCGAGGGCCAUGACGCGGUUGAAACGAGCCAGGGUGCCCCUCCACAGGCCUCUCGCUGGUACUCCGGCUUACAGUCUGAUCAGACACCUCAGAGAGAGUGAGUUAAGUGAGGGGACAGCAGCGAGGAGAGGAGGCAGACGUAUGCCGUUAAAUGCGGAUUGUUUACAUUGUCAGCAGAUGGUGGGAGGAGAGAGGGGGAGCGGGGAGGAAGAGAGAAAGAAAAGGAGGAGCUACACAGAGGAAGAGUGGUAGAGGAGGACAGGGCAGGAGGAGCAGAGGGUGAAUCUGAGGACAGCUGUGCAGACAACCAGACUUUGACUUUUGUUUGGUCAAGAAAGGUGAGUAAAGAUGAGUCCAGUUACAGAUAUGCAGCUGGAGUGAUAGAUUCAAGCUCUGAGGAGUUAUCUUCCUGUAAUAUGAAGCUGGUGGCUUAAUGUGAACUCAAUGAACUCAGUGCACUCAGGGCAGAGGGAAGAAAAAAAAAGAAAUGCUUUCUUGUUGUGCAUUUGUUUGGCUGUGUUUACAAGUGCUGCCAUUGAUCAGCGAUCAUGUAACCUGGAGCUCUUUAAACCUUUUAAACAUAUUAUCCAGGAAUCGUCCAGUCUGGGGAGGAUCAAUCAGGUGUCUUGUUUUUCUUAGAUUCACAGUCUGGAAAGUAGCAGUCGCCUGCAGACUGAGCUUUGCAUUGAUUUGUACGUCUGUGCGAAAAGUGUGUUUAAUAAAUACAACCCCGUGGGCCGAGACCCGUGUUAAUGAAUGUGGUUGGUCCCCUCAUAAAUCUGCCCCUGGUUGAUCCAGGAUGAAUACCAGUGCUUUUUAGUUUGUGCAGUGUGUGUGUGUGAUCAGGCUUGCAGGUGCAUGUGAAGCCAGCUCACUCUGCCUGAGCUGUGGCUUUUUCCACGCACACGCUCAAAGUUUUGCCAGCUGCAAUCACGACUUCAAGUUUAGGCACCCUACUUAUUUAGUUGUUUUUUUUAUAUGUAUUUCUGCUCUAAAUGGUUUCACCAUGUGCAAAAACUCCCUCAGUGGUUCAUGUGAUUUCUGAAAAAGGGAGGGUGUGUGUUCCUGGGUGGGAGUGCGAGAGAUAAAUUUGAAGGCAGUUUCACAGCUGCCGGCGGCCCUCUUCUUUAUUAGGGUUGAUUCCUCAGGCUUUUAAAGGUGUUGUUCACACAUUUAUUCUUCUUAUCCUUCGCCAACAGGGACAUGAAGAAAAUCAUCUCUGAUCACUUCUCUGCCAUUUUUAAAACAGCUUCUUCACCUCUGGCCUGAUCAUUUCCAGGACUUGUUUUUCCUUCUUCUUCAACAUCUUUUCUUUGUUGUUUUUCCUCCAUAUAUAAACCAGAUGCUUCAGUUAAAGCCUUCUCUCGCCGUGCAGAUGAUUUUCCUUCAUUUAUUUAUUUAAUUUCAUUCUGCUUUUUUUUAUUCUGUUUUUGAGGUGAACACUUAAACGUUGUCAUGUGGAUUGUCUGGAGUAACGCAGAUUAAAUCUGAUCAUGUGGCUCUUAAUUAUGUCACGUAUAAUUUUUCAGUGGUUUGAUAGCACAGAAAAAAAUUCGCCAAAUCUAGGGCAAAAAAAAAAAACCCAAAGAUUUAGGAGUAGAUAUGAUCAGAGCUGGGUGAAAAAAAAAUCUAUUUUUAUUUGAUUGGAUGAAAGUUCCUCAUUUGUCGGUCAAACAUUUGUUGAGUUAUAAUUUUGCACAUUAACCCUUUAAUGCCUGAAACCACAAAUUAUGGCAAGAAAAUUCAAUUUUUUUGGAGCUGAAAUGUUUAUUUCACUUACUACUGAAAACCAAAAAAAUCAAAAUGUCCUUAAAAUUUAACAAAUAUAUUUAUUGAUCUUGUUUGAUACAUUAGAUGUUUUUGGAAACUAAUAAACCACAAGAGGACAUUUUUAUCAUUUAGCGGACUGUAUUAAGGUGUUUUUGAGUAAUUUGUUGAUCAUAUUUAUUUGAAAGAAGUAUCAUAAAUGUAUCAAAUAUGAUACAAAAGGCAAUAAAGGGCGACAGGUGUGUUUCCCGUUGUACACACAGUAGAAAAACCCUCAAAUGUUGAGACUGAGAGGGUUGAGAUCCCCAGAAUGAGCAGUUUUAUGAAGGGAAUAGAUUUGUGCACUUCCCAGCGUAACCCUUCACCCUCGGCCCUCUCCUCUACCUGUCUCUCCCUGUCGAGCACACUCCACUUUUGGAGACGCAGUGUGGUGUCCUCGGGCUUUAAACUUGAGGAAGGAAGUUCAAAUGAGGGAAAUGUUUCACUGCUGGGAGUGAUUGACCUUCUGUGCCAGCCUUGCCGCUGAGCUCAGGUGUUCUCAGCAGUCUGAAUUUAGUUCAGCAUUAAAUGACCCGAAGAAUUUUUGCCUCGAAAAACUUCCGCGCUGCUCAAAGGUAAAGAGGAGGGACAUUACUUUCUGUUUAGCGUAUGAGAACAGUGUUAACAUAUGCGUGAGGUGUGAGUAGUGUGUGUUAUACAACUCUCUCUUUAGUUGCUUUGGAGCCAAACGGGGACAUUGUAGCCAACAGCAGAGAGGCUUCUGGGACGUGUGUGCAGUUGGGUGCAUGAGUCAUUCUGCUUUUUGUGGGUGUUAUAUGAAUGUUGCGUGGAGGAGUGUGUGGUGUGGUUAAUCUUGAAUGAAGCUAAAGUUUUUAUCGGGUCAUGGGAAACGCUCACAAAAGUUCCAGCACAUCUUUUUACUUUACCUCUCUUUUUCUGUGUGUCUGUCCGUCUUCGCCCUCGCAGUAGUUUUGCCUAAGAGCCUCGGGGCCCUGACAGACGGGAGCGUGGAGAGCCCAGCCAUGCACCCCACCCCCACGGUGGGCAGGCCUCCGGGUCAGAGAGGACGCAAACCGGGCCGCAGGAAAACCAAGGUGACGGGGCUGUGGGGCCAGAAGGGUUCUGUGCUGGGACCGCAGAGCAUCCAGGCGGGUAAAGGCCUGGAGCCCAUCAAAGUCCCCAAGAAACGAGGGCCCAAGCCCGGCAGCAAGGUAGGCGAAAAAAUACAUGAACUAAAGGAAGAGUUCACCUCAAUCAAAACAGACAAAUUUGUUCGUUUUCAUGUGACCAUGUCUCUUUAUAGCAGUCUUCCUUUGUUUCCCUUUUUAUCCAUCUUCCACAUCUGACAUUUCUGCUCCUUCCCACAUGCAUUUCAAGUUCAAGCACGACUAUUUAUCAUACUUUUUUUUAUCAAGAGGCUUGAGGGUAUUUCCAUUCAGCUCAUUGUUUGGGUGGGUGGCAACGGCCCAAGAAGAAGCAGAAGAGUUGAAACAAAGUUACUCAAACUAAACUUUUGUAUAGAAUCACAGAUCUGGUGGAAUUUUAAACAGUAUAAAGAAGAUUUAAAGCAGAAAAUAAAGAGCUUUCAGGAAAUAUUUGGAAAGACAUUCACUGAAAGAGUUUCUCCAUGUGUAUAAAUGAGAGGCUGGAUUGAUUGAUUGAAGUUUAUUUCAAAUAUGCAAACCAAAAAUAUAAAACAAGAAAAGUAAGGCAAAACAUUUUAACAUAAAACACAGAAAUACAUAUUCGACUUAUGAACUCCCACCCCUUUCCUUUAAAUAAUAAGUACCCACACCAAGCUUCCUUGCAACUUGUUUAGAUGUACCUGAUAAUUAUGAUAAAGUACAUUCAUGACUUUGUAUUACAAAACAAAAUCUACAUCCACUUAAUACAGCACACAAACGAUAACAACAAAACAAAAUAAAACAAGAAAGAAACAAAAAAACUCAACUCAACUUUAUUUGUAAAGCACUUUAAAACAACCACAGCUGAACAAAGUUCUGUACAUAAAUAGACAAAACAGCGCAGACAUGAAAAACAAUCAAAAAACAAUUAAAACAAUGGAUAAAAUAAAAGCAGAUAUUAAAAAGUAAAAUAUAGUUUCAAUGUUUUUAAAAACUGAUUUAAAAACAAUAGAAACAAAUAACUAAAAACAAACCAUAAAACACUAAAACAGGAGCCGAGUCUCAUGCAGGGUUGAAAGCCAAUGAAUAAAAAUGGGUUUUAAGACGAGUUUUAAAAAUGGACAGUGUGUUAAAAACAAAUAAAACAAUCUUAAAAUGAACUCUAAAAUGCACGGGUAACCAGAGGAGAGAAGCCAGGAUGGGAGUAAUGUGCUCCCUCUUACGUAGUCCAGUUAGGAGCUGGGCGGCUGCGUUUUGUACUAACUGGAGACGUGAGAGGGAGAACUGGCUGACUCCAAAGUAAAGUGCGUUACAGUAAUCCAGCUGUUACAGUAAAACAAUAACCUCACAACACUUAGUGCUACCCAACAGCUUCCUUAUUCCUGUACCUCUUAAAAAUAGUGUCUUUAUAACUCAUUUUAAAUUUUAUCAAUCGGUGUUGGUUCUUACUGUAGCUGGUGGAAAGAACCAUUGAAAACUAUAAUGAGAAAAAAAAACAAAAGUCAGUUUUCAUUGACCUUUCUGUUUCAUUUGUUUGCAGUUGGGCUGGGCGAAGAGAGCAGGCUGGCUGGAAGAUGCCAUGGCAGGCCCAGGACGGCCGGUAACAGGUCCAGGGCGAACCAGAGGCAGACUACCUGCCAACUGGGCACAGAGGAUAGCUCUGCAGCAAGCCCAGACUCAGGCAGAACCUAUCAAGAUCCCAAAGAAAAGAGGGCCAAAGCCAGGCAGCAAGGUACCUGAGAAGACUGAACAACAGGAGAAGUACAAAACAAAUCUAGAAGAAGUUCAUCCCUUAACAAAUUGGUGAUUUUUGGGGUUAAAACUAACAGGCGUUGUUAUUUUUAAGGCAGAUUGGUCAGGUUUUUGUUUCAAAGGCAGCAGCAGUAACAAAAACACAGUAAUUCAUCCACAAGUAAUUCUGGCAGCUUAAGUUAGUGUGCUGGCAGAGCAGGUAGCAGGAGCAUUCACAAAGUCCCAACAAAGCACUGAAGAGAGAUUAAUGAAAACACUUGGCAGAGUCCAGCCACUUUCCCGCAUGCUGUGUUUUGUUUUUUAAUAUUAUACAUUCACAGGACGGCGCUUUAGUUCAGUGAGUUCACAUUCAAAAGUAACCAAACACACUAGCGUUGUGUGCUGCUGAAGUGAUACUGAAACCGCUAAAAAGAGACGUGUUGUAAUUUCUCUGGAUGUGUGUGUGUGUGUGUUUGUGUCCAGAGAAAACCACGUGUGGUACCUAAUCCAGUCCCCACGUCUCCCACCAGCAGCACCCCAGAGCCAGACACCAGCACUGUGCCUCUGGACAACGCCACCAUCCCCAACUCUGCACUACAGGCUCCCACAGGUACAACACAGACGUAAAUCGACAACGUUAUGGAUCAUGUUGAAGAGGUUUUACUCUCAGUAUUGACUCCUUCGCUUGCUUUUGUACCCUCCAGUUUGUGUAUACCUUAACAAGUACGGCAAAGUGGGACCCCAUUUGGACCAGCGGCGGAUCCAGCAGCUCCCGGACCACUUUGGACCUGGUCGGGCCUCUUCGGUACUUCAGCAGUGUGUUCAGGCUUGUGUGGACUCAGCGCACGAUCAGGGCACAGUCUUCUCCUGCCUCAAGUCUGGACAAGGAGGUGAAGUCAUUUCAGGUGAGGACGACAGCUUGAAGGGAGUUUUAAUAUACCUUUGUUUAGAUAACUAGAAGGCUUUGGUACAGACCAUAGACUGUAUAUAGAAUGGACGCCAUCUGCCUCCUCGCUGGGUGAAGCCACCGCGAGAACAGCACCCUCUGGUGACAGGCUGCAGUAUAGGUCAUAAAUCCCGCCUCCUCCAGCAAUCCCUAUGGAGCUGUGGACAAACUUUAGAAAUUUAUUACACAGAAUACAAAUUUUUCUCCCCCUGGUUGCGAUGUUGACAUGUAGUUUCUGUAAGACUGGUUCGUGCUCAAGUCCUCUUUUUUCUGUGCAGCUCCGUUUUUAAAAGUUAUUAGGGGUUUCAUGUUUUCUAUGAUUGACACCUGAUACAGCCUAUGGGUGUACGAAGAUUGCGUAGCUCACCCGGGGGAUAUGCUGUUUGAGCUGAGCGUCAUAACAGCGACUUUCCUGCUGAAUGCGUACAAAGCUACUGCAAAAGUGGUGGUUCCAGGAAGUGGUGAAAAUCCUGAAAAUACCGAGCCAAGUUGUCCAUAGUAUCUACAGUCUAUGGUGCAGACUCUCACCUCAGUAAAAAUGCCCUAUCUCUGAGUUAAAUUAAAGACUUUGAACUCUAUUUGUUCCUGUUUUCCCUCCACAGCCUACUUUGACCAGCAGCAGCGCACGCUGACCCUGCCCACCGUCAGCAGCGUCACCUACGUGCUCCGCUUCCUGGAAAAACUCUGCCACAACCUUCACUGCGAUCCUCUGUUCGGCAGCCAGCCUGUAGCCAGAGGAGGCCUGCACUACAACAGUCACUCAUACACUGCAGGUCAGAGCCUCAGGGUUUCACAUUUACUGAAUGGAUGUGUUGUUUUUUAGUUUACAGUGGCUGCGUUGUGACAUUUUCUACAUUUUGGGGUACACAUUGUAAAAUAUAGAAUAGCAGGAACACAAAAAUAAAACAACAAGAAUAAAGCAAAGCAGACUCAGUACUUCUCAGGUAAAGUAGAUUCGACUAAUCUCAGAUGUAAUGGUUCUUAAAUUGUGUGUUUAAGACAGAUUUUGCUUGGGGAUAAAACAGCAAACACAAAUCAGUGAUUCUGAUCUUUAGUUUCAGUCCAGGAAACAAAAAGUUUUACAGACUCAAAAGGAGAAACAUGAACCCUGGUGUCAGAACAUGAUUCCUUUUUAUAUCCACCAAAAUAAACAAAAUAACUUUUUCAAAUAUGGAAAUCUUUAAUUUCUCUCCUCUGAGUUGAGAUGUUUUUGGAACAAGAUAAGCGAGAGAUUAAAAAGAGUUGGCUGGCUGGCUCUUUAUUGGAGUGGGGGAAAAGAGAGAUUGAUAAGAUCUGCCAUAAAGAGAGGAAAGUACUUCUCUCUUUUUGCUAUUUUCUAAAGUCUUUAAUUAAAAACUGAUGAGUGGAGGGAUAUGAGAAGUAAAUAAAACAUGAUUCCCAGACCAAAGCCUUUGUGUUUAUCAGGGAUGUGAUUCUUUUGGAUUUAUCAGGUGAAUCAUGAUGAGCCUGAAAAAACAUUUAAAGUUAUUUAGUGUAAAGAGAGUUCAGCACCUAAAGGGUUAAAUGUGAGUCAAAACUUUUCAAGUGUCUGACGUUUGUGAUGAACUUUGCCUGUUGUUGGCUGUACAUACACUUGGAAAUAUGAUACCGCAUUAGCCUCCAGUUAAAGACAUAGUACUCAAUGUUGUUUCUAUAAAGUCUAAUACAGUUUUUUUGUUAAGCGCUUCGUGUCCAGAACUCUGCAGAUGAAUCCAUAUUAGAAAGUCGAUGUUAAUAAUGACACUGUCACUUGUGCGAUCAGCUGCAGUGUGUUCUCCUCUCUCUCUCUCUGAUAAAAUAUCUAAAGUUAAUUUCUUUGCUGCACGGUCACCACUGUUUACUGCCAGACCGAAAUGAAUCUGUUAUACAUGAACCUUAUAUAAGCUACUUCUGGGCAACCCGCAGCUGUUGAAACUCUACAGUGCUGAAAAGUUAGGUUGCUAGGUUGCUAAAUGCAUUUAAAAUAGUCCAAGAAGAUGUAUUUAUGAUUGUGAAUCGUACGCUAAGAGAAUUUUAAAAAAGAGGCUUUAGAUCAUAAAAUGUGUUUUAUGAUCUAUUUUUAUGAUCAAUUUUUUGUGUGUGUGAGUGGGAGAGAGGUGGGGAUUUUCCUCCCUUCCUAUCUGAUGCCUCUCACAUGCCUGUUUUUCUGCUUUGACGUGGUCCAUCUCUAGUAAACAACACAAAAAAGAGUCUGUAUUUUCAGUGGAGGAUUUUCCUAAAUUAAUCCCUCUGCUGUUGUAAAAUCUCUUGAACCCAAAUAAAGAUUAUAAUAAAAAUGCAUCAUGUAAACUGCCUUAGUAGUCACAGCUGCCUUGGGGCAGACUGAUGGAAAGAUGGCUGCAAAAUUCGUGCCUACAGCCUCUCUCACUCACAUUCAUACACCAGUGGAGGACACACACUGGGAGCAAGGUGGGUUGCCGAAGGACACAACGGACAGACUAGGGAUAUGGGGGGAAUUGAACCACCGACAUUCCAGUUAUUGGACAACUGCUCUCCCUCCUAAGCUACUGCCGCCCUCAAGAUGAUUAUGUUACAGAUUUCCUGUCCCUGUUUGAUCUUGAACUGUUUGUUUCCUGGUUUCAGAGAGGAGACAUUUUGGAGAUGGUCUGACGACGGGUCCAGGUCGAGGGACAAAACGGUUCCUUCAAGACUACAACAACCCCCUGUCUCAGAAACUGGCCAAAAUCCCCCGACACGCCACUGAAAGUACGUUCCUUUGAUAACCGGUCAUUUUCUGUCAUUAUUAUUAUCGAUCAUCUAUCAUCUGUAUUAGACAGAACUGAAAUAAUAGCAGGGAUAUGUGCAGAGGGAGAAUUCCGGUUUUCAGCUAUUUUGCAGCUGCAUUUUCAACUCCACACACCCUUUUUCGAUCUACUUCCUUUUUCUUCAUUUGAGUACAAAGACUCAUUUAAAAUCCGCCUAAAUCAGAGUAUUUCACUGAUUAAUGAAGCCGUCCACUCCUGUGUAUUGUACCUGUUUCUGCAUCCCACCACUUUUUUUAUGUAAAGACAUUUAUCUCCAAUAAUCGACUGCUCUAUGUUGCCCAGUAAAUUCUUAUAGAAAGCUAUUAAAGGCGGCAGUAAAAGAGAGGAGGCUCUUGGCUCAGGAUGAGUGGUGUUAAGUUCAGGGGCAGGAGUUUAAUCAUUUAAUCAUCUUUCAAUUUCCUGAGCUUUUAAUUAACUAAAUGGAAUAUUUGGAGAGAUUUACGUCAAAGGGUAACAUCCCUCUUAAAAGGGCAAUCCACUCUUGAAGACCAGGCGGUGGAAUAGCUGCAGGACUUAGGGAGGGUUAUCAUCACAGCGAAAUAAAGGAGAUCAAGUCUGCCAUUAGCAUUCCUUUUGUGAGAUCUUUUUAUGUGGGAUUGUAAUUACUGUGUACUCAGUGACUGUGUUAUGAUUUUAUUUAUAUUAGGGGUGUCCUGAUACAACUUUUUUUUUUUUUUACCUCCAAUACGAUACCGAUAUUGUAGCCUUCAAUAUUGGCCGAUACUGAUAUUAAUCCGAUAUUAGCACAGACUUAUGCAUGACAAGUUUUGCACUCAGCUGCAACGUCUUUUUGGACUUUAAUGAAAAAUACUGCCACAGGGCCGACAUCACUCCUACUUUGUUAGUACCUUAGUACACACUGUUGUUGUGAUUACAUGGGCUCUACAUGCUGGAUCCGGGCGCUGCUAGAUAGAGGUGCUGGAGCGGAGUCUGGAAUGGACUGCUUGUAUCGGAGUGCUGAUAUCAGACAUUUUAGAUGCAGGCUGAUACAAUUCGAUAUUUGUUUUUUUGUUGAUAUCGGACCGAUAUCGUAUCAGGACACCGCUAAUAUAUAUGUACAUAGAGGUACAGGAUAUGGGGAAAAAAACAACAUUGUGAUCUUUUGUUUUCUACUUCAAGAGGGAAAAUAUAGAGAUUCAUGCCAGUUUUGUUUUUUUUUGUCUGUUUCAUGAACUUAAAAAUUUAAACAUUUCAACAAUUGUACUUUUUAUUUUGGGGAUUUAAAGUCAAAUUUCUUCUUUCAAAUCAAAUCCCUCUCCGCCUUGAGUUCCAGCGUUGCGUUCAAGUGACACAUUACAACAAAACAAUACUAUGUUGAUCCUUUGUAUAUACACAGAUUCACUUUAUGAGGUUUUCUUUUCUCCACACUCUUAGGUGAGUCCUUCAUAGAGAACAGCAUCACUGUAUCAGAGCACUUAAAGAAGAGCCCUCUCUCUCCGAACUGUACCGUUCAGACUCCUGGCCUCAAGUCUCCCUCCAAGAUGCUGCAUCACAACAACUCAACAGGUAAGAAGAGAAGAAGUUCAUACAGGAAAUAUUGCAAGCUUUCUUUAUUAGGACACUGAAAGGGAUAUUGCAGAGUAGAUUUAAGUUACACUCAAACACACCGUAACACAGAGUUAGACACCCCCUCGAGAGAUGAAUGUUUCUGACCGCUUGCUUCUCUAGUUACACCAACUUCAGCAACGACCGCAGGAUAGCGAUACACAGCGGUCUGAGGAGCCACACACAAACUUCAACCAAAACGCCACUCUAUAGCCACAAAUAAUACUCAGAAUAGCACCUAACUUCAUCAACAGUACAUAUAGGGUCCCAGCCAUAGCACUAGCCAUCAAACAUCUUUUUAACUUUGCCUGGUUCCUUUAGCAAAGAGACUAAACACAACUCACCUACUCACCUCCAGCAGCCGCUUGUUUUUGGUGGGAGCCUUGACGAGUCGAUCACCGAGUACAGCGGAGUUUCGCAGCUCAAAGAAGAACAUUUAUGAUUAUUACUUCAUGGAAAUUACGGUGUGUUUGACCAUAACUUAAAUUUUCGCCAGAUUAUCCCUUUAAAUGUCCUAAUAAAGAAACCAAAAUACGAAUAUAUGUGUGAUUUCUUGUACAGACACUUCAAUUUCCAAAUAAGUGGUUAUUUUAGAUUUAAAUUUAAGCUUUCUUUUUCUUUCUCAGGCUCAGGCAGUUUCCGGGAAAGCCCGAGGCCCAGUGGUCAGGACCCCAACCUGUGGACGGUAGAAGACGUUAUGCAAUAUAUAAGAGAUAUCGACCCUGUGCUGGCCCCACAUGCUGACCUUUUUAGAAAACAUGUAUGUAUUCUCCUGUCAUUGUAAAGAAACCUUAAAGUAGCUGUGAUAUGCUGAAGAAGAUACCAAGUUAAGGAUUCCUUUUCUUGCGUUUCCUCCCUCCUCUCUUCCUCAGGAGAUCGAUGGCAGAGCCCUCCUGUUGCUGCGGAGUGACAUGAUGAUGAAAUACAUGGGCUUGAAGCUGGGACCUGCCCUCAAACUCACUUUCCACAUCGAUAAGCUGAAGCGUGCUUGAGGAGGUCAGCUGAGCAGCCUUCCUUCCAAAGGACUUGAGCCCACCUCCCUCUUUAGGAUCAGUAUAUCAUGCACUGCAUACCGGGCAGAUUCUAACCAUUUACAUGUAGCAGCUUCUAUCAGAGCACCAUAUCUGGUAUUACAUAACCCUCUCCUGACCUCAUCCAAUGAGGAGUGUUUAUUUUGUGUAGCACAAUCCAGCCCUAAGGCAGCAUGAGAUGGAUCACCCACCUGUCCGUCAUCAGUUUUGCAUUUCAGUAUAACUUGAAGUCAUAUGUGGCCAUUUCAACUGUUAAAGGCAUUUUAAGCCCGCCUUUAUCACGUUACAUUUAAUCUGUACAUUUCAUAUUUUGUACUUAUACAUACGGACUUGUAUUUUUGCCUUUUUCAACGGUUUUGUGUGAGCCACGUUAAAAGAAAGACACCUUUAAGGAAGAAAAGAAAACACUAUGUUCAUCCCAGCAGCUGGGAAUGCUUCUACUUAACGUCUCUCUUUGAGGCACGAUUUUUGCAAUUACAUUAAUUACGGAAGAAAGACUUGUUUUAUGAAAGAAAGAAAGAAACUAUAUGCUGACAAUACUGCCAUGAGGAAAUCAGUUUCUUUUCUCUUGUUCUGGAUGUUGUUUACAAUGCCUUGUCUGGUCUAUGUUAUUUGUACUUUUUUAAUUUUUAUACUAUAUUAUUAGAGUUCCUACAAGGAGAGCCCUAUCAUACUUAACAUUGUUCAAUAAAUAUAUAAUAAUUCAAC